AUGGCUCUGGUAGCGCUGUCUCUCUGGGUGCUAACGAGUCUCACCUGGGCGAACCUGCUCCAGGUGUCAGCCAACAGGCAUUCCGUUUACUGGAACAGCUCCAACAUACAUCUGCGCAGGGAGGGUUACACAAUGCAGGUGAACGUCAAUGACUACCUUGACAUCUACUGCCCUCAUUACAAUGACAGCCAGCGCAUGGUUGGCACCGGAGAGCAGUACGUCCUCUACAUGGUCAGUUACCGUGGUUACAGGAACUGCGACCCCCAGCUGGGCUUCAAGAGGUGGGAGUGUAACCGGCCCCAUGCCCCUCACGCGCCCAUCAAGUUCUCGGAGAAGUUCCAGCGCUACAGCGCCUUCUCGUUGGGCUACGAGUUCCACGUUGGACAGGAGUACUACUACAUCUCCACACCCACCCAUCACCAUGGACGCAGCUGUCUGAGAUUACGAGUGUAUGUCUGCUGCUCCACAGCCUCUGACGUGGAUGAUGAGCCAGAGCCUACAGAACCAGACUACACGCUUAGACCAGGCCUAAAAAUUGACGAUAUUGAUGAAUUUAACCCUUUUGUUCCCAAGCUGGAGAAGAGUGUCAGCGGAAGCAGCCCAUCCAGGGAUCGCCUUCUCCUCACCGUGACAAUGCUCCUUCUGGCCGUACUCUUCAUCUCCUAG